UCCCACUUCCGUCGUCUUCCUCCUCAUUUCUCUGCUCUCUUUCCUGAUAUAUUUCCCGAUAUAUGACCCGUGCACGAGGUUCGACGACUGCAGAAAGUAAGGUGCUUUCGAUAUGGAUUGGGGCAAUGGAGACGGGAAUGCGACAGCCGGCGAGCUCCUCCAAGCUCAAGCCCACGUAUGGAACCACCUGUUCAGCUACAUCACCUCCUUGUGCCUCAAGUGCGCCCUUCAGUUGGGCAUACCCGACCUCAUCCACGACCAUGGCCGACCCAUGACCCUCCCCGAGCUCGUCUCCGCCCUCCGCAUCCCUCCUGCCAAAGCUCACGGCCUCCGCCGCCUCAUGCGCGUCCUCGUCCACUCCGGCUACUUCAAGCUACGGGACCUCGAGGACGCGGACCAUCGGAGCGGGUACACGCUCACCGCCGCGUCCCGGCUCCUCCUGAAGCACAACCCCUUGAGCCCGGCGCCCUUCGUGCUCGGCGCGUUACAUCCUUUCAUCAUGGGGACGUGGCAGCAUCUGAAGGCGUGGCUGGGGGACGGAGAAGGCGUCACCCCGAGCAUGAUCGAGAUGGCGCACGGAGGGCCCACGUGGGAGGUCAUGAGGCGCGAUCCCGAGGUCGACGGCCUAUUCAGCGGGGCGAUGGAUAACGACUCGAGACUGAUGGCGAAGGCGGUGGUGGAAACAUGCGGGGGAGUGUUCGACGGGCUGAGCUCGGUGACCGACGUGGGAGGCAGGUCGGGGACGAUGGGCAAGGCUAUCACGGAGGCGUUCCCCCACUUGGAGUACACGGUGCUGGAUCAGCCGAACGUAGUGGAUGGUUUGGUCGGCAGUGAGAGGCUGAAGUUCGUCGGAGGCGACAUGUUUGUGGAGAUUCCCCCGGCGGAUGCAAUCUUACUCAAGUGGGUAUUGCACGAUUGGAGCGACGAAAAAUGCAUCGAGAUACUAAAACGGAGCAAAGAAGCGGUAUCAGGGCGGGAUGGGAUUGGAAAGGUGAUCAUAAUCGAUGUAGUAGUAGGGAAUCAGCCGGACGAUCAUAGAUCCACCGAGACACAACUCUUCUGGGACAUGUUGAUGAUGAUGUACGAUGCGAAAGAAAGGGACGAAAAGGAAUGGGAAAAGCUGUUCGUUGACGCUGGCUAUAGCGGGUACAAGAUAAUCUCUCAUCUGGGCCUUCGAUCUCUCAUUGAGGUUUAUCCUUAAAUUAUCUUUCUACUCAUUCGAUUUAUGAUGGGUCAAUCCUAGUUUAACUUUUGCUCUUAAACGAUGUUGGAUGCAUUCUCUCGUUGUUUUUAUCGUACUGGACGUGACAACUUAUAUAGGUCCUCAGACCUUAUGUUGGUGUAAUAAUUGCAGUCCACAUGCUUUAUUAUCGAAUAAUCAAGUAACACUUCCCAAUA